AUGCGUCUGGGAACCAAGAGCUGCGCAGAAUGCCGUCGCCGCAAAGUUCGAUGUGUCUUCUCUCCAAGAUCCAGCAUCUGCGAGGGCUGUUCUCUCCAUAACGUCACCUGCAGGCCGCAGGUGGGAGUUCGGUCCAAUCAGCCAACUGCUACAGCUCUACCAGAUUCUGACAACAAUUGGGUGGAGAGUGAGGCACUUCACCGACGCCUGACCCACCUAGAGAGUACGAUAAGCCGGGUGUUGAAUCCGCAACGCCAUAAAGAUCAAACAUCGCUAAACUGGUCACUCUCGACUGUGCCCUCCUCGGUCGACACUCCUGAAGAGUCCCUAGACCCUGAAAGUGGUACUGAAGAUGACACUUCGCCAUUGUUGGCUGUUUGGAGGGACGCAAUGGCUAUUGAUCCCAUCCAAAGCCCUCUGAAUACAGCUAGCGCGAGACUGUUUAAGCCUCCGGUACUCUCCUCACAUCCCCCUUUACCUGAUUUUAGAGGCCUCGACAUUCUAUUCAAAUAUACGGAGCCAUUUUGGACUACUUGGCCGGCAUGCACGUUCGGCAUAAUCGAACCGAAGCAGCUCGCCCCCGGCCAACUGCGGUACAACAGCGAAAUCAUAUAUGAAGCUGUGGACUCGGGAGAUACUCUUCUCACUUCUAAGGCAUUCUUGUGGCUUAUUCUUUGCCUCACCCAGUUUCCACGUCGUCACACCCAAGAGCUACAUCUACCGAAGCCGCGCCGGAAGCUUAUUGAGCAAUAUCACGCGUACGUUAGGAGCACCUUCGACACAGCCCUUGACUCAGGUGACAGCAUCUGUGGACUGGAAUGCUAUAAUCUGCAGUGGAAAAUCUUCUUCGAUACCGGAAAACCGCGAAAAGCAUGGCAAAUACUCCGGAACGGAAUCACCUCGGCCAUUCAACUCGGGCUCCAUCGCACAGAUUCUCACCGGGACGAACGCAAGAAAGACUUAUGGAUGUCGUUCUGGCAGACUGAACGACAGAUCUCUUGUAUGCUGGGUCUGCCGUCCUGCACGUCAAACGAACACCCAGGGACGGGGUUGAAAGAUCUGUCAAGCAACGAUCCGAUAGAGAUAGCGCACCAUAGGCUCAGUAUCAUAUCGGGCGAUAUCAUCAAGCGGGACCAGACUUCGCUCAAAGAGAACUACGCGGUGACAACUCAGAUCGAUCAGGACCUUGAAGACGCGCUGUCCAUCCUUCCUCCUGAGGUUUGGAGCCUACCGCAAGCUGGCCAGUCUUUCGCGGUCAUAUACCACCAACUCUCUACUAGAAUGCGGUUUUGGACAGCGCAAAAGCUGUUGCACAUGCCAUAUAUGCUCAGGUCCAUGAAGGAAUCCAGAUACCAGUACAGCUACACCAAGGCAAUCGACGCAUCCAGGAACAUGAUCAGCACGCUUUACGGGUUUCGCCAAGUUUGCAGCGAUUUUCUGUGCGAAGUGGUGGAUUUUCAAGCUUUUAGCGCGGCGGUCGUGAUACUUCUCGGAGUGCUUGCUCAGCGGGGAGCGACUGCGAACGAGAGCGAGCAGGACUGGAAGCUCAUCGAGAAGGCCUCGAAAUGUCUGCGGCAGACUGCCACAGCGUUGGAAUGUAGUGUGGCUCGGCAGGGAGCAGAUGCACUCGACACCCUUAUGGCGGCGUGUAGGGGGACACCCCCACAAGAGCCUUUCGUCGUUACGAUUCCAUAUUUCGGUCGAGUGCGGUUGAAGUGA